GCGUCGGGCGUCAGUACUGUGAGGAUCAGUCUAGUAGAUUGUCAAGUUGUAAACAUUAAAUGGCCGAUUCUGUCGAUUCCGUAUAGACUCUGGUUAAUUUUUAAAUGUAAUUCCUUCGUUUUAAAUCGGCGAUAAAUUUCUGAAACGUCGUUUUAAAGUUAAAUUUAAAUCCCUUAAAAAAUAUGACAGCAUCAAAUCAACCUAGACGAGACGAAGCUUCGAUGGUAGACGUAGCUUAGGUAGUAUGAAGGAAGACAUUUUACGUUAAGGAAAUUUUGACUUUUUAAUCUGACAUUUUGAACCAGGACCGUGAAUUGGGUGGUCCCUCGAGUGCCAUUUAAUUCGUGACAGAACAUCCGCUGACAAACGGGCGAAUAAAAAUGUCGUCAUCCGCAGAAACGGUUCGCGAAGCCGCUUUGUACUUGGAGUACUUCUUGAAGGGGCUGUCAGAGUGCAAUGUUGUUGGAAGCUAUACAGUACAGUUCUUGGAGCUGCGAAGUUUUAAUGUCCGUUUAGAGGCAUCUUUAGCAGAUCAUUUGAAAUGUUUGGUGAUCAACAUGAAGGGUCUGCUAAUGAAACUAGACAGCUCUUUCAUCCCAUAUUGCAACACUGGAGCACAGACUGAAGACAUUUUAUUGUGUUCGUUAUGCAACAGUCAUAGUACAAUUUAUUCAUCUCCUGAGAAAGAUUCAAAAAAGUCUUUCGAAGAAGUGGAAAAAACGUGUGAGAGUCCAGAAAUAGAUCAGUUGCUAACUUCAGAUCCUUUGAUUCAGCUGAAGCAAGAAAUACCUUGUCUGAAUGCUGCAACAUCCAGAUCUGUUCAGUAUAGUAGAAAAGAAAACAUUGCCAACAUUAUUCACAUAGAUAGCACAGAUGAGAAGGACCCUCUAGCAUUGGUGGAACAUGACACAAGCCCUGGUAUCAAAACUGAAAAAUGCAGUGUAGCAUUAUCUUUAACAGCCUUAGAUGAUAAUUUAAACAUUGGAUAUGCCACUGCUCCACAGAUGGAAGAAGGCCAAGGAGAGAUUCUACUGGACCACCAGGAUGGAUCUGAUUCUACCCAUUCAGAAGGAUUGAUGUAUUCUAUAUAUACAAUGAAUUCCUGUGGAGGCCUGCAGCUAGUGAGCAGGGUCCUGAGCAAAAAUAAUUCUUCAAAAGAUGGCUUAAUUGAACCUGUGGAGAAAGCUAUGAUUGAAAUAAACAACUUGAAAGAAGAGCUUUAUUCUCCAAAUAAUCUUGCAGCAUUGGCUUUACAAGAAAAUAAUAAUCAAGACCAGGGAUCAUCUCUUACUGAAGAAGGCAUAGCCAUAACAGACAGCAGUCUUGGAAAUCCAGCCAAACCAUAUUCUAAAAUUAUCAGUAAAAUUGAGAAGCCUGCAAGGUUGAAGCAAAUCAAAAAAGUUGAAGGCAUGGAUACUUGUAUUCCAAAGUUCAGUGAAAUAGUAAAGUUGGGUCCAGAAGACUUGGGGAAUGGUACAUGGUGUAAUGUCUGUGAAAAGGAGUUUCCUUCUGUUGGAAGCCUAAAGGCCCAUGUUUCACGUACUCAUAGCAAAGUCAAGUGGUGCAAUACAUGUAGUAAGUUUAUAACGUCAGAGGAUAUGAACAGUCAUGUGCAAGACUACCAUAGUGAACUCCCAUACGUAUGUAAUGUGUGUGGUCAAAGUUUACGAACAAGUGGAGCUUUCCAGAGGCACAUGGAUAUUCACAAGGGGCUACGAGGAAGUGCAUGCGAGGUAUGUGGACAGACAUUUUCCCGAACCGAAUAUUAUCGUGAACACAUACGAAUUCAUACAGGAGAGAAACCUUUCAAAUGUGAAACAUGUGAAAAGACAUUCUCAAGAUCCAGCAACUUAUAUGCACACAUGAGGAUUCAUAAUGGCGAAGAGCAACGACACAUGUGCAAGUUAUGUUUGAAGUCAUUUGCAAGGGCAGAUAAGCUAAAGGAGCACACCAUUCGUCAUCUUCAAGUUAAGCGAUUUGCAUGUCGCCUGUGCUCAAAAUCAUAUAGAGAAAGACGUGAUUUGAUCAAGCACCUUGGAAAAAUUCAUGCAAGUGAUCGCAGCAGUAAUACAGACUGAGGGGAAAUAUAUGGACUUAUAUUUCUGAAAGUACAAUAUAAAUGUUUUAAGAUAUUCUAAAAUUUUCAGAGCUUUAUUAAACUUUUUUUAUUUA